AUGUCUCCAGAGCAAGAAACCUUCCAGCGGCGCGGAUCCGUCUAUCAGCAGCGUCGUCUGAGCCAGCAUACUAUGAAGAAUGCCUGGACCGGUCCCCCGCUAGAAACAAUCUAUGCAGGAGUAUCUGCAACCUUCCAUGACGGCCAAGCCUCAACGAUUGCCAUAGCUGUGCGGAAUGCCACCUAUCUGCUGGAUUUCUUGGAACGCCAUUUCGAGCCUGGCGAACGUGCUUCCGGCGCGGAGAUCACCGGUCUGAUCAUCGAGCAAUUGAGACAAUACAGCGAGAAUCAGCUAGAGAAGUUCAUCGGUGUAGCUAUUCCGGCAUCGUUGGCGGAGAAGUGUCCGACGCUCUGUUCGCGGGUAUGGGCCGAGUUGGACAUCGUACCAAUCAUCUUCCGCGAGAACAAAGCUUUGGACGAGCCCCAGAACAGGAGAUGGGAAGCCAGAAGUGUGGAUGAACAGGCGGAGUCUAUGGCCAGAAAGUGUGUCUGCUUCUUCGGUCCCAACAAUAAUCCCUUGUUGCAAGUGGGCUACCGGGGGAUGGUCGAGGUCGACGCAGGCUUCAAUAUCCGCCUAGUAUCUCUGCAUGAUUACGAAAAGACAGUUGGCCACUUGACAUGGAAGGCUGUCAAGCACUACGCUUCCGAUCUCCAAGACAGGAAAGUCAAGAUUGCCUUCUUCAGUGCAACACCUCAGGGUGGAGGUGUAGCACUGAUGCGGCAUGCUCUGGUCAGAUUCUGUCAUGAACUGGGAGUUGAUGCUAGAUGGUAUGUGCCAAAACCGCGACCUGGAGUGUUCCGCAUCACGAAAAACAAUCACAACAUCCUCCAAGGUGUUGCACUUCCUGAUGAGAGACUCUCACAGCAGAGCAAGGAUUUGAUCGCGGAGUGGAUCAAUGAGAAUGCCAAGCGGUACUGGUUGUGCGAAGCUGGACCGCUGGUUCCACCUGAACAAGGCGGAGCGGAUGUUAUCAUUAUCGAUGACCCACAGAUGCCAGGCUUGAUUCCACUGAUCAAGAAGAUCACUCCGAACAGACCGGUUAUAUACCGUAGCCAUAUCCAGAUCCGGAGCGACCUCGUUGCCAUACCGGGAUCCCCACAGGCGGAUUCUUGGAACUGGCUCUGGGAGAGUAUCAAACAGGCAGACCUCUUUAUCAGCCAUCCUGUGAGUGCAUUCGUGCCACACAAUGUACCCAAAGAGAUAGUCGGCUACAUGCCGGCAUCAACGGACUGGCUCGAUGGACUUAAUAAGACCAUGAGAGAUUGGGACAUCGCCUUCUACGGCCGGAUCUUCAACGCUUCCUGCAGAAACACUGGAAUGCCCACAAUCGACCACCCUGACGACGAAUAUAUCAUCCAGGUCGCGAGAUUCGAUCCGGCCAAGGGAAUCUUUGACGUCUUGGAAUCUUACGAAAAGUUCCACAAGCGGUUGAUGGACGCUGUGCCCGCUGCUAGACCGCCAAAGCUACUGAUUUGCGGACAUGGCUCGGUCGAUGACCCUGACGGAAGCUUGAUAUACGAUGCGGUCGUCGAACACAUUGAGAAGAAGGUUCCCCAUCUUGCCAAGUUCAUCUGUGUCCUACGGCUGCACGCUUCGGACCAAAUCUUGAACGCACUUCUCUCCAAGGCCAAGAUCGCACUUCAGCUGUCCACACGGGAGGGUUUCGAAGUCAAGGUUUCAGAGGCAAUCCACAAGGGCAAGCCCGUCAUUGCUACUAUGGCGGGUGGAAUCCCACUCCAGGUUCAGGAUAAGAAGACCGGUUUCCUAGUGGAUGUCGGUGACACCGACGCUGUGGCACAGCAUCUCUUUGACCUGUGGACAGACCAAGAAUUUUACGGCCGGGUGAAGACUCACGCGCUGAACAACGUGAGCGAUGAGGUCAGUACGGUGGGUAAUACGCUGUCAUGGCUUUACCUCGCAUCAAUGCUGUCAAAGGGCCACAAGAUCGAGCCCAACGAGCGGUGGAUCAACGAUAUGGCGCGUGAACAUGCAGGCGUGCCCUACCCAGAGGAUGAGACCAGACUGAAGAGAGCAGUCGAGGUCGCCAAUAUGCGGUAG